CUGAAGCAAAAAAGAUCCGACCCGUUAGCAGCCCUUAGCAGCGCAGUCUUCGUCCUCGAAGCCGAAGAGGACGAGAAAGCACUGAACUUCCGAGAGAUGUCGCCGCCGCCGCCGUCUCAAAAGCCCCAGUUCGCUCCUCGCAAGCCUCGCAAAGGCAAGUCGAAGAAGCAGCGGGACGAAGGCCCAAAGGCAUCUUCAUCAAAUGCUAUUCCUCCGCCGCCGGAGAAGCCUCUUCCGGCUCCUCCUUCCAUAUUGUUUCCUAGAUACUCUCCUCUUACGUCCACUCCUCUCCCUCCCCCUUCCAUGCCUAGGAAGAGGUUUCUCCGGCGUGUCUUGCCUUUUCUUCUCGCCGCCACUGCCGGAGCUUAUUAUUAUAGGGAUGGAAUGUUAAAGAAAGAGGCAACAGAGAAGAUUGAGGACACCAAAGCGGAGGUCUCUUCCGCUCUGGUUGAGAGCACAUAGAGGCGGCCAUUUCCUUGUCGAGUGAUGCCAGUUUUGAGGAUUUUCAUUGGCUAACAAUGUAAGCGGCAACUUGUUUCAGCACGCACAAUCAUAGAUUUUGGUAAUAAUGGAUUGCUUUCCUAAUUGUGUAUCCUGUGUAUAUAUCCAUCUUCGCGAGAGAUAAGUGCAGACUUAUGUGAUCUUUCAAUCAAUUUUCUAAUGAAUAAUCAAUCCAAAUUUGAAGUCUUACAUUCUUGGCAUCCUAUGAUAUUCCUUUUUCGUGUGAAAUGAUUGGCUAAACCAUAUUAUCUAAUCCAAAUUGAAAUCUGCAAUUGAGAUGUAUACUGAACCUUUUAGUUUUAGCAUUUAUUGGGGCUGUCCAGAGUUCUGUUCUUUCUUGAGCGAAGUUUAUUGACCCAAGGACCAUUUGAGGAGUUGUUCUUUUUUUUUUUUCCUUCUUUUUGUACAGCCAUUCUCAGGUUCAGUGAAUUUUUAGAGAGAGAGAGAGAGAGAGAGAAAGGUACCAAAUUUUGUGCCAAUAUGUAUGUUAGAGGACUCAAUUAUAGAGCAUAUCCAACAAAAUGUAGCUUUCAAAAGGGUGUCUACCUGCACACUCAUGCUACAAAAGACACUGCUGUAUCCAUGCAACAUGGACCAAUUGCUCUGUGUCUUUAGAUUGAGCAAAAUCAGAGGAUGAUUAAAAUAUAACAAAAGAAACUUUGAUAUGAAUGAUUUAAAUAGACUGCAUUCAGGUAGAAUGUGACAGUAAAAACCAUGGUAUCUCAUCUCUAUUUGGAAUUCAAGAGUCACAAGCUUGCAACUAGGCAUUGCCCUCAUUUGGUUUUUGUCGGAAAAAGUUUAUUAACUUUGUCUCUGCUCUCACAAAACAAGAACAAAAAGGAAAAUAAAGAAAAGUAAAAGGAGAUAGAUCUGCCACCUUAUUGUCCAUUUAACUGCAGAAACAGAAAGUAAAUCCAGAGUAGAUUGACAAGUUGCUGUCUUUGUAGAGUCAUCCAUUUUUGUAUAUUCAUAUAAGAUUGAGAGGUAUCCACCUAAAUCUCUUUUAUUAGUCUUAAUCAUCGAUAUAAAAUCAUUAAUAUUAUCGUACUUUGUCAUUUUAAUUCCUUUUGUGCUGUGUGGUGUCACUCUCAGUAUAGCAGGCAGUCACAUGAAUUCCCUUUGUGUUUUUUGUUUUCUUUUUUUCUGCCAAAAGGGCAUGGUUUACUAAGACAAUAGUGACAGUGCAAAGAGGAGAAAGAUUUUAGAAGUUAAUCAUAAAUAUGGAAGAACACACCAUCAAAUCGUCAAUGCAAAAUUCCUUUUUCUAUUGAAACAUUGGGCUUGAUCACAUCUUUUUCUCACUCUCACAAGCUCUCAUUGGUACAUAAAGAUCACUAGUCUUCUCAUCUCUUCUUUCUCUUUCUUUCUCUCUUUCUCAAUGACACCAUUUUUCAUGCCUAUCUCCAAUGAAGAAGGAGAUCAAGAUCAAAGUGAUGACAGUGUUCUCAUCAAUGCAAACACUUCUCCAUUCCCAUGCGAUAUUUUCUUCAACAACUUGAGACAAGAAGGAACAAAUGACUGUCAUGACCAACAAGAGCUAAGUCAUCAUGGACUUUCAUAUGAAAGCAAGACAGUUGAAGAAGGAUCAUUAAGGUUUGGUGAAGUGGGUGAGAACUUAAAUGAAAGAUCAGAUAAGUGGCUGUUCAUGAAAAAAAUGAUGAGCUCUGAGAAGAUCAUACUGAAAACAAGAAGAAGAAGAAAGACAAGAGAACUUGAAGAUCAACAACAACUUAACCAACAAAAUAGUAACAAUGCACAGACUGGUUCUAUUAGAUUUUGCUCUGAUUGUAACACUACCAAGACUCCUUUGUGGAGGAGUGGUCCACAGGGUCCAAAGUCGCUGUGCAACGCAUGUGGAAUUAGGCAAAGGAAGGCGAGAAGGGCGAUGGCAGCAGCAGCAGAGACGGGCGCCGGUUUUAUCAAUGUGGACAAACUGAAUGAAGUAGGCAAAGAGAAAGGAUCAGAUGCAGAUCACAGUACUGUUCCAUUCAAGAAAAGGUGCAAGUUCAACAACACUGAACCUACUCAAAAGAAUGUUUGUUUGGACAAUGUUAUGAUAAGUUUGAGCAAGAAUUCAGGUUUCAUGAAUCCACCUCCACAACAAGAUGAAAGAGAUGCUGCUAUUCUCUUAAUGUCACUCUCUUGUAAUCUUGUUAGCAGUUGAACUUGUUGUUGCAUGUACAUGUGUUCUUCAAGUGUCAAAACACUGACAAGUGAAGGAAUAAGGUGUGCAAAUAAGUUAUGAACAAGAAAUGUUCUUUCUUUG